UUUUACGGACCGACUUCCGCGUGUACUCACGCACGACCAUCGUAGGCUACCGCGAAUUCAUUUAUUUGGGUGGCCUGAGAUCUUCUUGGGAAAUACCAGUAUUUAUUAGUGUCCUGUGUCUUGUUUGACAGGAAUCAUGGAGACAAUUUUAGAGCAGCAACGCAGAUAUCACGAGGAAAGAGAGAGGCUAAUGGACACAAAAACAAAAGAGAUGCUGCACAAGAAAACGACGCUGCGAGAUCAAAUCAAUUCUGAUCACCGCACCAGAGCUAUGUUGGAUAGAUACAUGGAAGUCGGUGGAAAUCUAAGGGAUUCUUACGAGGAUAAAGAUGGGAUGAGGAAGGAUGAGCUGAACGCCAUCUCUGGGCCUAAUGAGUUUGCGGAAUUCUACAAUCGCCUGAAGCAGAUCAAGGAGUUCCACCGCAAGCACCCCAAUGAAAUCUGCGUUCCUAUGUCGGUGGAGUUUGACGAGUUAAUGAAAGCAAGGGACAACCCCAGUGAGGAGGCGCAGAAUCUUGUGGAGUUUACAGAUGAGGAGGGUUAUGGCCGUUACCUGGAUCUUCAUGAUUGCUACCUGAAGUACAUCAACCUGAAGAGUGCAGAGAAACUAGACUACCUCUCCUACCUGUCUUCAUUCGAUCAGUUGUUUGACAUUUCCAAAGACAGGAAGAAUGCAGAGUAUAAAAGGUAUUUGGAGAUGCUGAUAGAGUACCUUCAGGACUACACUGACCGCGUGAAGCCCCUGCUGGACCAGAACGAGCUCUACGGCAAGAUCCUGGUGGAGUUUGAGAAGAAGUGGGAGGCUGGAACGUUUCCUGGAUGGCCGAAAGAGACCAGCAGUGCUUUGACCCAUGCUGGAGCUCAUUUGGACCUGUCUGCCUUCUCCUCCUGGGAGGAGCUGGCUUCUCUGGGGCUGGACAGACUGAAGUCUGCCCUUAUGGCCCUGGGCCUCAAGUGUGGAGGUACUCUGGAGGAGAGAGCUCAGAGGCUUUUCAGCACCAAGGGCAAAUCCAUGGAAUCUUUGGACCCCUCUCUUUUCGCUAAGCACCCCAAAUCCAAAGGCCCCAAAAAAGACACCGAGAGGAACAAAGAAAUUGGCUUCCUCGAGGCCCAAAUUUAUGAAUACGUGGAGAUCCUUGGGGAGCAGAGGCAACUGACUCACGAGAACGUUCAGAGGAAGCAGGCGCGUACGGGCGAGGAGCGUGACGAGGAGGACGAGGAGCAGCCCAGCGAGAGCGAGAGCGAAGACGAGGACAACGAGAUCAUCUACAACCCCAAGAACCUGCCCCUGGGCUGGGAUGGCAAGCCCAUACCAUACUGGCUCUACAAGCUCCACGGCCUGAACAUCAACUACAACUGUGAGAUCUGUGGAAACUACACAUACCGUGGACCCAAGGCUUUCCAGAGGCACUUUGCAGAGUGGCGCCACGCCCACGGCAUGCGUUGCCUUGGCAUCCCCAACACGGCUCACUUCGCCAACGUCACCCAGAUCGAAGACGCCGUCUCACUCUGGUCCAAACUGAAGUCACAGAAGGCAUCCGAGAGGUGGCAGCCUGAUACAGAGGAGGAGUACGAGGACUCGAGUGGAAACGUGGUCAAUAAGAAGACCUACGAGGAUCUGAAGAGACAGGGUCUUCUGUAAAGGAGCCAGACCCGACGAAAGCACGGCAACCAGGAAAGAUUCUUUUAUGGAGGAAAAGGAGUAAAAGCCAGUUCAACAUACAUGCAGGGGCAGGGUUAUCUGUAAAUGAAAGUGGACAAACACAAAGCCACUUGUGGACAUGCCUGUCCCCUCUCUGGAGCUGGUAGGGUCCUCUUACAUCAGAACAUCCAUCCGGCAUUCCCAACGCCAUUUUUUUGACCACAAGUGGUUUUGUGUAUCUUUUUAGGGAUUUAUUUUUAUGUUGUUUUUAUAGCUAGUGGUCAUUCUAUGCUAUACCAUUCCCUCUCUGUAGCGCCUGUAAGAUGAGGAUAUGUUUAUAACUGAUUUGCUACAUUUAAUAAAUUGUCUGUAUUCUUCA